AUGAUCGCUGUCAAUUUGAUUGCGAGGGGAAGUGUGAAGCGGCAGCUGUUGACUUACGGAGAUGUAAUUGUGGCUUCAGCUUCUGAUCCAGAGUUGCGCAUUCAAGGAGAAUGUAUGGUCAAUUCCAAUGACAGUUUUCGACGCUCGGUCUCACAUGCCUGCCACAAACACUGUACUGAUAAAGAAGAGUCGAAGACAGGAGACGAACUGAAGCACUGUCAGAGAUGCAAGAAAUGGAACUCUGUCAACAACUUCUCGAACCAAAUCCAACCAACCGUCGCCACCAAGCUCAAGAAAGCCCUCAUCUCGAAUCUCGGCAAUACUGCUCUUAUUCAGAUGUUGCUACUUAUGUUCUGCAGUCUUGUGCUUGUCACCGCAAGUAUCAUUACUGCAGUGCAUUUCAGGUCACAAUACCAGUCCAACCAAUUCAUGUGUGCGACAGAUCCCUUGCGGACCGAUUGCGAGUUGUCCGGAGUGGAUCAUUUCUCCAAGUUGUCAGGCGGUUUUGGAGGAUUCAACAAGUCAAUGGAGAUAUUUGCGUUACCACCCAAUGGACUGACCAAUGAGCUUAUCUCAUUCUGCAUAUCCAACGGCGCGCAAUUCAUCUACUCCCUACUGCACCUCAUGAUGAUAUACAACAUCACGCUCGUCUACCAAGAGCGUGAUUGGGGCCAACUCGAACAUUUCCGCCACCGCAUCCGCUGCACCAUCGUCAAAGGUGAGGGCUUUUCGCAAAACUACCUCCUUCAACUCCCCAAGAAGAUCCUCUUUCCCGUCAUGGCCUACAGUGUUUUGACGCACUGGAUGCUGGGAGAGGCGCUACAGGCGCAGGAAACGAUCUGGUUGGAAGACAGUAAAGGCCCCAACGUUUUAAGCUCAAGAUAUAGCAUCAUGUUUGCUGCGUACCCUUUGUGGUGUGCGACAGCACUGAUAAUUCUGAUGACGGGAGUAUGUUGGUGGACCUUUACAUAUAAGAGGGAGGGAUUCAUUCCGCAGAUGUUUGGGAGUAUCAGGACGCUUUGUGCAGCGACAACCGAGUUGAACGACUUCCCUUCGAAUGGGAUCAUGUGGGGAGAUUUGGGGAUGGGAACGCAGUUUCGACAUGCGGGUCUGUCGUCGGAAGGAGUGAAUAGCAUUGUUCCUAAUGAGCUAUAUGCUGGUGGAAAGUCAAUUGGAGAAGAGAAUGAUUGUGAUGGUUAUAGCAGGGAGGUACAUGGUACUGUAAAAAGGACAGCAUUUGAUAGUCGAUAUCCUGAUUGAUGCAGGGGGAG